GGGUGUGUGAGGAUCUCAAGCCACCAAGCGUAGUUGGAGGGUCGGGAGCAUCAUGGCCCACCCAGAGCCGCCCGGCCCUCACCCCCUACCCUUCCACCUCGACCUCUCCCACACUCCCACCCUUCUCCAGUGAUCCUGUGAUCCUAGUUCUUCUCGCCUGUCCACGGGGUGGGUCCCCUCCCAUCCCUAGUAUCUCCAGAUGGCAUCAGACAUCCUGACGACCUGGCCCAUCUCCUUGACAUCGUGCACCCUCACGACGUCGGCGCCCCCCUCGACGGCGGCGGCGACCGUGGCCGCGGUGCCCCAGAUGCGGUCGGCGGGCCUCGACACGCCCGUGAACUUGCCGACGAAGCUCUUCCUGCUCGAGCCCACCAGCCAGGGGAGGCCCCGCAGGCCCGGCCAGGACCGCAGCUCGUGCAGGUGCCGCAGGAUGGACAGGUUCUGCUCGCCCAGCUUGGCGAAGCCCAGCCCCGGGUCGAGGAUGAUGCGCCACCUGCGCACGCCCGCCGCCUCCGCCGCCGCCACGCGCUCCAGCAGCUCCCGCGCGACGGCCGGGAUCAGCCCGUCGCCCGUGAGCGGCGGCAGGUCCUCGCUGCCGCUGCUGCCGCCGCCGCCGCCGCCGCUGCCGUAGUCGUUCAGCUUGCUCAUCGUGGCCGGCGUGCCGCGCAUGUGCAUCAGGCACACCGUCUUGCCCAGCCGCGCCACGGUCGGCAGCAUGUCCGGGUCCAUGGCGCCGGCCGACACGUCGUUGAUGAUGUCGGCGCCGGCCUCGGAUGCCGCCUCGGCCACGGAGGCGCGGUACGUGUCCACGCUGAUGAGGACGUCCCUCGCCUCCGGGAUGGAGCGGAUGAGCUUGAUGGCGGGCAGGACGCGGGCGAGCUCCUCGGCGGCGGUGACCUCGGGGCGGUUGGGCGCCGUGGACUGGCCGCCGACGUCGAUCAUGGUCGCCCCGGAUGCGACAAAGGACCGGAUGGUGUCUGCGAGGCUCGGCUGUGUCGAGGCCGGGUGCAGGCCGCCGUCGGAGAAGGAGUCGGGCGUCAUGUUGAGGAUGGCCAUGACGUGGGUCUUGCGGGACGACUUGAAGGCCUGCAGGGGGGGCUGAGAUGGCGACAGGGGCGUGAGCGUUGUCAGAGGUGGUGACGAUGGUGGGAGCUCAUUGAGGUAGUCCUGGGUGAACUUCCAAGGGUUUUGAGGGUAUAAUGCCUUGGUAGGGAUGAGUCUGCACGUUGUAAGUCAAAGCAAGCCAGCCACGGGCAGAGAAAGAACUCAUCCACUCACUCUGCCAGAGGGCGGAGCACGAACUCCCUCUCCGGAAUGCCGAUAUGUGGGACCUUGAGUCUCUCAUGAUCGACGACCUGGUCGUCGUAUAGUAGGAUAUCAAGAUCGAUAUUCCUCGGCCCCUUGUCGAUCACCUUGUUGCGGCCCAUAGAGUUCUCGAUAUCCUGAAGCUGGUCCAGAAGGUCGAGGGGCUCCAGGGUUGUCUCGACCUGUUCCGUGUAAGUCGACUGGGCCAUCACUUGCACAUGGGUUUAUUAUUACCAACCUCGCAGGCCCCAUUGACAAAGCGGUCCUGGUCUGUGACAUACAUGGGCUCUGUCUCCCACAGGCUGCUCGUCCGCUUCACCCUGAUGCCCCUGGCGUCCAUCUCACGGCAUGCCCUCUCGAUCUCGGCGAUGCGGUCGCCGAGGUUGCUGCCCAGGGCAAUAUAGGCCCUGUGAGGCCUCUUGUCGGCGGUCAUGUCGCUGGCACGGUCUAUGCGGAUCUGUGCAGGCAGAGUAUACCGGGUGAAUGAUUUUGGCCUCGGGGUCGAGGAUGAGAAGGAUUUUUUCGCGCUGGCGAUGGCGCUGACUACGGCCGAGGAAGGGAGUCGGGCCUGAGCUCGAGCUGAUGCAGACCUUGAGGGCGCCACUCUAACGACAUUGCUACAUAUUCUCGAGGACAGGGGACGAGGUGAGAAAACAAAUGAGAAGGCUCUCAUAUUCAUCAAGCCGGGGGAGGUUGAUGAGAAUCAGGUCUAACAUUCGCCUCUCAGGUGGCCCGUUUCCCGAGAGGGUCGAGUCAUGAUUGGGUGAAUCGUGUCGACAAUAGGCCUGGCCGGCCCCCGAAAACAGCCUGAGACUCGACUCAGUCCCGCCCUACCGCCCGCCCUUUGAGGCUCCAAUACUCCAAGACCACUGCACCAGCCAGACUGAGCCAGCCCAGGUUGGGCCAAGCGAGCGGAAUACAAUGGGGCACUUGCCGCAGAGCACACCGGGUAUUAGCGGGACCCGAACGCCUGGUCGAGGGGUGUCUGUGCCUGUCCUUUACCUACCAAGGGAGGACUUGACCAAGUCUCACCUCUGAUCUAAUAGACUGGACACUACACUAACAAACAGACCGGAGCGGAUCAACGAUUCAUAAAGUCAAAAAUGCCAAGUCUUGCAGGUGCAUCACUAGCAAAGUGCCUCGGCACGUUCUGCACGGCGGCGAUGCUGCGACCCUGAACGUGGGAUUUGCUCCGUCGCAUCGAUGUGCCGGGCUCCCAAUCGUCAGACGACCGAGCCUGUGCCUCGGCUCACAGUACCCCAGAUCCUGUCCCCACACCCCAACCGCCAAACAUGUGUGUUCGCACGAUGUUCCCGCUCGCGCCGCCUCCGCCGCCUCCCCCUUCUCCCUCUCGGGAACGUGCCUCAUAUUUCUUUUUCCUUCAUCUUCAAAUUUCCUUGGUCGCUCUGGAAUCAGUAUCCCGUUGAACCCGGUUUGUACAUAACAACAAGCGCAAGCGCAAAUACAGAUACCCUCAAGAUGGCUUCACCACAGAAAAUCCGCACCCCCAUCACCGAUCUUCUCAAGAUCAACCACCCCGUCCUGCUCGCCGGCAUGAACGUUGCCGCGGGGCCCAAGCUGGCCGCUGCUGUCACCAACGCCGGCGGCAUGGGCGUCAUCGGCGGUGUCGGCUACACCCCUGAGAUGCUCAAGGACCAGAUCGACGAGCUCAAGUCCUACCUGACCGACAAGUCCGCCCCCUUCGGCGUCGACCUGCUGCUCCCCCAGGUCGGCGGCAACGCCCGCAAGACCAACUACGACUACACCAAGGGCAAGCUGGACCAGCUGGUCGAUAUUGUCAUCGAGAGCGGCGCCAAGCUGUUCGUCUCCGCCGUCGGCGUCCCCCCCAAGCACGUCGUCGAGCGCCUGCACAAGAACGGCAUCCUGUACAUGAACAUGAUCGGCCACCCCAAGCACGUCAAGAAGUGCCUCGACCUGGGCGUCGACAUCAUCUGCGCCCAGGGCGGCGAGGGCGGCGGCCACACCGGCGACGUCGCCACCACCAUCCUGAUCCCCGCCGUCGUCGAGGCCGUCAGGGGCCACAAGAGCCCCCUGACUGGCCAGCCCGUCCAGGUCAUCGCCGCCGGCGGCAUCCACAACGGCAACCUGCUGGCCGCCUCGCUCAUGAUGGGCGCCAGCGCCGUCUGGGUCGGCACCCGCUUCAUCCUGGCCGAGGAGGCCGGCGCCCCCGAGGCCCACAAGGAGGCCGUCCGCACCGCCAGCUUCGACGACACCAUCCGCACCCUCAUCUUCACCGGCCGCCCCCUGCGCGUCCGCAAGAACCCCUACAUCGUCAACUGGGAGACCCAGCGCCAGGACGAGAUCAGGGAGCUGACCGCCAAGGGCGUCCUGCCCUACGAGAAGGACCUCGACAGCGUCAUGAACGGCGACAUGAAGGAGCCCCCCAAGGGCCUCGACGUCGGCGGCGCCACCGUCGAGGACGUCGACGUCGACGAGCUCAUGGACCAGUUCCGCCCCUUCCUCAUGGGCCAGUGCGCCGCCGUCUGCAACGAGAAGAAGAGCGCCAAGGAGAUCGUGGAUGAGUUUGUCACCGACGCCGCCGCGUCGCUGCAGCGGGGAAGCCAGCUGGUCAAGGUCUCAUCGAAGCUGUAAAUGAAAAUAACUCUCGGAUUCUUUUUAUUUUUAUUUUUUCUCUCUCUCCGUGUAUCUCAAUAUUGCAUCGCAUCUCCUUAUGAUGAGAGAUGCGUGGGCCAUAUAAGCUGGGCCGAGAGCUAUAGGAGUCGCAUUGCAAGAUGUCUUCGUUGUCGUGUUAGACGAUACAAGGGCGUUCAGAGAAUGAGAAAAUGAGUAUGACCGUUUUGGACCCACCAUGUCACCGCGCACUUGUACUCGUCCUCGCUG